UAAAAUUGAUUCUCUCCGAGCAGAGAAUCCUUCAUCAGUCCAGCACAGAUGAUCACCGUGGAUGUGUUCGAGGGGCUGCUGCCGUGCGCGAGAUAUUCGCGGUACGAGUUCACUAGCCGUAAACGAAUUGGUGUCUCAGUCGUCUGUGACGCCAGAGGGUUUGGUCGAUGGUUCAAUUGAUCGUUUUAAGCUUUUGCAGUCGUUCCGGUAUUCAGUAUUACGACGAAUUCUGUCUAUCCACCCCUCACCCAUGCGCUUCUCUAUCCUCGUCCUCGCCGCGACCAUCAUGACUGCUUGUGGUAUCACUGAGAGAAUCCCGCAAGAAGGUUCCCUACUCGGCCGUAGUCUCCACUUGCCCAAUUGCGAUAGUUGUCCAAACGAUUGUCACUGCGACACGCACAGCUGUCAUUGUAGAUAGAGAUGCGUCCCAUACUCUCACAUCGGUGCGGGAUAUUCUGGAGCAUUUUUUUCUCGCUCAUGGAUCAUGAUCUGACUACAUGCAAGGUUCUGUCGGUCUUGGUUCUCGAACUUCUCCAGCCUUUGUGAUCUCUUUUCAACAUUUUCCCCCGCCGUUUCGUCGUCUACGCUGUCCAACACUCGUCAUUUUCACAUAUCUCCUAUUUUCUCUCGUAUUCAGAUUGUACGCAGGUACGUCUCAAACAUAACGUUUGCCGCUCGGCA